AUGCCUAGAGGCACAAUUAUUAUGAUGAAGACAUUAAGAAGAGAUGUGUUUGUUCAAUGGGAUCAAAUUGAAGAAAGUGUUAAUCUUCAUGACAUUCGUUUAGAGUAUAAUCAAAAUUGCACCAACAGGGAAAUAGAAGAAGGCUCAAGAGUUGUUAAAAUAGUAUGGACAACUAAAGACAAAAGUUAUGUAGGUACAAUAGUUAAGGUCAACAUAACAAGACAAACAGCUCGUGUUCAGUGGGACAAGCAACCUGAAGAAAAGGUGCAGCUCUGUAAACUACGUUUAGUUGGCAAUUAUCUUACAGAUAAAAUAGAAAAAGGUUCUAGAGUAGUUAAGAAAACACAAACCACUCUAGAUGAAAUACCUUUCGGUACAAUAGUCAACAUAAACCAAUCCAAAAACGAAGUUCACGUAAAAUGGGAUACGCCUGAGGAAAAAGUAAACCCGCUUGACCUUCGCCUAUAUGACAAUUCACCAUCAGAAGUGAAGCAUACUAACGUAACAUGUGAUGAAUGUUAUACGUAUCCUUUGCGUGGAAUACGAUGGAAAUGUCUUCACUGCGACAGCUAUGAUCUUUGCACAGUCUGUUACAUGGCUGAUGAACACAAUGUCAGCCAUAUCUUCAGUCGAAUCCAAAGUGAGGAUUCGAAAGGAAAAGAAAUGCCAGCACGGUUUGAUGUGAAAUUGACAGGCUAUGCAUUUGCAUGUGGCAUUCUUGAGAAAUCAGAAGUUUCGCUUCGGAAAGAUAUCAGUAAAAAAGAAAGGUGCCGUAGGGCUAAACGUUAA